UGUUAUACUUUUCAGAAGAUGGUGUCAGUUUCAAAGUGUAUACGCAUCAGGAUCCAGUGUGUCACUUCAUCACUCAGCAGAAACUUACUUCUUUUGAUGUUUUUACCCAUCUUAGGUGGAUGUUUAGGUGCAUCACUGUCUAUUUCUGGAUCUUCGUCUUAUGCGGUGUUGAAGCAGCCAUUUACCUUGACAUGUACUGUGUCACAGGCUGCUAACCUGAAUGAUAAAGUACAGUUCUUUUGGAAAAAUGCAGCUUCCGCAUUUGCUUCCCUCAGACAGAAUAUUGCUUCAUGUUCUGUGUUCAGUCAACCACCAUCAGGUUACACAGCAUCCUGUGGCAGUGGAACAGACAGCAGCUCGUCCACCACUAAGAAGUAUCAUCUGGUGAUCAACAGAGCUGCAGUUAGUGAUGCUACAGACUGGUGGUGUCAACUGGAUACAGCUAAAACACGCAGCAACACGAUCAGUCUGCAGAUCAGCAGUGGUCCAGACUCUGUUAAAUUCACCCCACCAUCACCUGGGUCUAUAGCAGAAGGAGCCAAUCUGACUGUGAUGUGUGCUGCUAGCUGUAAACCACCAUGUUCCUAUUCCUGGACUCCGAGAAAUCAGCAGAUCUCACAAACCUCUCAGUUAAAACUGACAAACAUCAACAGGAAUCAGACAGGGAAUAUGUACACAUGUACAGCGACCAACUCAUUUAUACCAAAGUCUAAGAGUAAACGGUUCACACUGACCGUGUACUAUGGUCCAGACAGUGUCCAGCUGAACACUACUUCUCCACUGACAGUGAAGGAAGGUGACGAUGUAUCUGUGUCAUGUGAAGCGACUAACUGUUCUCCAUCCUGCUCUUUCAUGUGGAUGUUUAAAUCUCAGAUAAAACCAAGCAGUUCUGUGCUGUCAUUAAAUAAUAUACAGAGAUCUGCAGAUGGUGACUACACGUGUACAGCUAGAAACACAAACACACAGAAAUCAUUAGACAAGAAAAUUACUCUGGAUGUGCAGUGUAAGUAA